GUUGGUUACCAUCCUGAGCAGACGACGGACGUGUAUCAUUUUUUGUCAGGCAGUGAUUGAGCUUUAUAUUCAGGAUUAUUUCACAUUUCAAUAUCAAGAUGACUCUUGGAGAAACAGAGCUGCCAUACCACGACAUUGAUGGUGAUUUUAUUGGAGAUGAUGCGGUGAUGGAAGCCGGUUAUGCCUUGCGAGAGGUAUUGAUUCGAGCAAAGAUGGAGAACAGACUAACCUGUGGCGUUUAUCAAGCAGCAAGAAAACUAGAAACAUCACCAGAGAGGGUAAUGCUAUGCAUCCACGCAGACCUUGGAAUCGUGGACGUGGCUCACCAGCUACACUUUGCUUUGUUAGAAGCAUUCUGCAGUGAAAACCAGAUCAGAUUAUUCAAGGUUGGUGACACGGCACCUUUAGAAACAAUCUGCGAAGGAGCGGCGCCCCUUACACCUUGCACACCGACCACGCCCGAUUCUCCGGCUGAUUUCAGUGAUCUAGCAGAGCCCCUUCCUCGAAGCCAGAGGGCACCGGACUUUACCUGCGUUCUUGUCGAUUUUCCAGAGAAGAUGGAUUCGGCUUGCACAACGCUGUUUUCACUCUAUGACCAUCUCGCCGAAGACAUGACAUUCCCACAGAUCACCUUGGCAACCUGAUUUGAAUGUCAACAAAAUCAAAAGGUGACCAGUCUUUGGACGGAAGGUCACCGAAAAAAAAAAUCAUCGCUGAUAUAAGCUCUCCGGUAUAUUAAGGAACUAUGGGUUACAAUGAUACUGGCAAUGACACUAUGCUAUUGCGUGGAGAAACGGACAUUGACAGCAAUUAAGAAUUUUACCUACUUUGCAAGAGGUGUUUUCGGGUGCCUGAGGGCAUGAUGUCAUAAUAAACGAUUACUGUGACGUCACAAAGGAUAAUAGUGAUGACAUGAUAAA